AUGCGCUCCGGGCCUGGCCUCGUCUUCUCAAGACCCCGAAGCACACCUGGGAGGGUAAGCGCUUCGCCCCGGGUGCGCGGCCCCACGCUGUGCGGCCGUGGGGAGAGGGUGCUCCGGCGAGCAGAGCGGCGCAAAGGCCCCAAGGUCCACGGGGCCCCGGGAGGGCUCCGGGCUUCUGGCUCACGCCUGAGACGCACAGUCGCAGACCCCCUCCCAGGCCGACGCCAGCCCCAGACGGCCGCUUCCCGGGACGGGGCACCUAUUUCAGAAGGCGGCGGGCGGGCACGGCGGGGCGGGGGCGGGGCCAGCGCUGAGACCGGGUCUGUGUCGGGCGGAGUUGUGACGCGCGGGGAGGGGGCGGGCCCUGGCCGCCACGCGACACUCGGGACCCGGGGAGCGCCGCGGGCCGCGACGGCUGCAGUGCGUCCGCCGCGCCGCCAGGGGCCAGCGCGGGCGGCCGGAGGAGCCAGAGCGGGACCCGACCCUGCCGAGCGAGGACGCGGAGCCCCCCGAAGCCCGGCUCCAGCAUGUGUCCAUCCCUGGGACAUAACCAUGCAGCCAGGCCUAGCCCUGGUGCUAGGUGUGACCCUGUGCCUGGGGUGUGGCCAGCCCCAGCUGUGGGCCCCAGAACACCCCUUCUCUGUGCUGUGGAACAUACCCUCAGCACACUGUAAGACCCGCUUUGAUGUGCACCUGCCACUAGAGGCCCUGGGCAUCACAGCCAACCAUGGCCAGCGUUUCCACGGUCAGAAUAUCACCAUCUUCUACAAGAACCAGCUCGGCCUCUAUCCCUACUUUGGGCCCAGGGGCACAGCUCACAACGGGGGCAUCCCCCAGGCUGUGCCCCUUGACCGCCACCUGGCACAGGCUGCCUACCAGAUCCACUGGAGCAUGGGGCCUGGCUUCCCUGGCCUGGCAGUGCUGGACUGGGAGGAAUGGUGUCCACUUUGGGCAGGGAACUGGGGCCGCCGCCGAGCCUACCAGGCAGCUUCAUGGGAUUGGGCACAGCGGGUAUUCCCCCUCCUGGGCCCCCAGGAGCAGCUCCACAAGGCCCGCACUGGCUUUGAACAGGCAGCCCGGGCAUUGAUGGAGGACACUCUACGGUUGGGCCAGGCGCUGCGGCCCCUUGGACUCUGGGGCUUUUACCGCUUCCCAGCCUGUGGCAAUGGCUGGCACGGUACAGCUUCCAAUUACACAGGUCACUGCCACAAAGCCACCCUCGCUCGCAAUACGCACUUGCAUUGGCUCUGGGCCGCCUCCAGUGCCCUCUUCCCCAGCAUCUACCUCCCACCUGGGCUGCCGCGGGUGCACCGCCAGACAUUUGUUCGGUACCGCCUGCAGGAGGCCUUCCGUGUGGCCCUCGCUGGGCACCAGCAUCCCCUGCCUGUCCUGGCCUACGUCCGCCUCACACACCGGCGCUCUGGGAGGUUCUUGUCCCAGGAUGACCUUGUGCAGACCGUCGGUGUGAGUGCAGCGCUGGGGGCAGCCGGCGUGGUGCUCUGGGGGGACCUGAGCUUCUCCAGCUCUGAGGACAAGUGCUGGCAGCUCCACGACUACCUGCUGGGCACCCUGGGCCCCUAUGUGACCAACGUGACCAGGGCGGCCGUGGCCUGCAGUCAGCAGUGGUGCCAUGGCCAUGGGCGCUGUGCCCGGCGAGACCCUGGACAGCUGGAAGCCUUUCUGCACCUGCAACCAGACGGCAGCCCUGGGGCGUGGCAGUCCUUCAGCUGCCACUGCUACCGAGGCUGGGCUGGCCAGACCUGCGGGGAGCCCAGGCCUGAUCCUGCGCCUGAAGAAGCAGCAUAAAGCCAGGAGUCACCUGCGCCUGCCUCUCCUGUCCUUGCUGCCAUCUCCCCCUCCUGGAGGGAGGAGUCUGUCCGUCCUGUUCCAUUUAGCUUACUGUCAGCCCUCCGGUACACACACCCGACUUCCCACGGGACCCCUGGAAGGUCCAGAGAAAACACUUACUCUAUUUUAGCACCAGAGGCCCUCUGACAGGGCCCGUCCCUCCUGACAAGGAGGGAGGGCCAGGGUUCCAGAGGGUCGGGGCUGCCCGCCCAGGGCUCUGUUCCAAGAGGCGACAGGACCGUCCAGGGGCAGGUGGGCCCCACCCAGGGAGAUCUCGGCUACGGGCUGUACCUCUAGAGCUAACCUGCUGUCCACACUCGCUUUCAUCAUAAAGGCACCUUUCCUUCAUUGCCCGA